AUGAAUAUUUUGAAAAUGAUUGAACUACCUGAUUUAUUUAACGAAAAUCGAGUUCAAGAAAUAUCCUUAUCUUUCAUUCUUUAUGCACCUAUUGGCAUUUGUCUUGUGGUACUUCGUUCAAUAGCACUUCUUUUUCUCAUUCUGAUUUCGUUCAUAAUACCUGCAAGUUCAUCACUGGAACAACUGAUAAUUGAAGCAAUUAGUUUAAUAUUAACAUUUACUUUUGAUAAUGUAAGUCCAACGGAUGGAAAAGAUAAUCGACAAACAGUGAAGAUUAUCGUUACGAAUCGAGUGUCGCUAUUCGAUGGAGUGGCUCUACGAAGAUUUUUCUACAAUGCGAAUUGUAAAGUGGUUCAUCUUUGGAAAAAUGAUUCGUGGACGAAUUGGUUCAAAUUAAAUGCAAUAGACUAUUCACAAAAUCAAGAAGAAUUGCUCAGUUCUUGUGUAAAAGAUCUCGAAUGUUCUGGUUCGAAACUUAUUUUUCUUCCUGAAUGUGAACCGACAACGGGCACUGAUGGUUUAUUAAUAUUCAAUCCUGUACCAUUUACACUUGCCAAUAAAGUUCAAUUACCUGUUCUUCCAAUAUGUCUUCGAACUUCCCGUACCUUUCACAUUCGAACUACUACAUUCAACAGCCAUCCAUUAAGUGAUCUUUUCUGGUUCUUGUUUAGUCCUUAUACUAAAUAUCAUUUGAAAUUUUUGCCAAGUAUUUCUCCAGACGCUUCGUCUUCAAAUGAAAAUUUUUGUGAACGUGUCCGAGAGACUAUGGCACAAAACAUGGGUAUCCAAUUGACACAAUUCGAUGAGAGAGAUGUCAUCGAUUUGAAAAAACGACCAGAUCUUUUCCAACGUCGUCAGGCACAACGUCGAGAAGAAUUUCAACAGAUGAUCAAUCUGGUUCAUCAAAAAGUACCUAUUGCAUCUCUCGAAGCAAUUCGAUAUGAUCUUGAAAUGACAAAGAAUGUUCAAACAACAAUUGAUAAUUUGAAUGAACGAGCGACUGCUGCUGCUCGUGCGGCCAACCAAUCGUCCACUACAUCUUCGCAUGCAAUGUCGACUGCUUCGAAAAAUAGCAGUACUAGUAGUCAUCGUCAAACGUACGAACGGUUAAAGCAAGAAUUAAUCGAAAAAAACCGACAAUUAUUUUUAAAUAAAAACUGUAAUUAA